CUUGGAAUGGCCCUGCCGUGCCCGUGCCAUGCCGGAGUUCAAUCCAUUAAUGAAUAAUCCAAUGACCCGAGGUGUGGCUACACCACUGGCUAGAGCCUACAGCCUUGAUGAAGCCUAGAACCAAGCCAAAACCACAUCAGCCAAAACAGCCUUCCAAUCUCUCACACGCACACCCCCAUACCAUGCCCCUGAGAAACAUUAGAGCCACGCCAGUACACCUUGCAUACUCCAAUCGUCCAAUCGUCCACCUCGUGUCACUAACUCAUAACUCGUCACCCCAAGUCACCAUGGGAAGCAUCCUUGUAGGAUGACUGAGCUGAGCCUCAUUUCCUCACCGUUUUGCACACUGAAAAUAACAACAAUCCUUCCCCAAGGAACGCUCCACACGGCCCCUUUUCAGCCAACGUUUGGGAUUCUCUUCUGAAAGUGCCGAACCAUAGCGUUGGAAUGUCCUUUCGCAUAUUUGUCCCAUGUGCCCCCCUUCACAUAAGUCAUUCAGGUACACGGAUCGUGGCACCACCCUUUGGAGAAGGCCACAUGUAAGAUAAGGCUCCAGUCAGAACAUUGGGAUGGCAAAUGGCAGAUGGAAUACCCAUAUCCCAGACUCAGAUAGAGACGUGGCAGGAGGAUCGACCACAGAUCAGCGGAACUCUGCUGGCUCAAUCCAGUACUUCAGAGCUCCACGGCCAGAGCUUCCCAAAAACGAGCCAUAUAGCUCGGAAGGCGGCAGUUGGUGCAGCUGCUCAAAAACCUGCUAGCGAUCCCGAUAUAUUUCCCAGACAGCCGUUAUCUGAGUCAUAUCUCUGUCGGCAAGAAUUUCGAAAUGAAAAUCGUGAAUCCCAUGAACAUUAUUCCAUGGAGGCGGAGACUCCAGCCAUGAUUGAAUCUCCAGGAGGGAGUUUGCGAGAGCAUUCUGACCGCAACUCAACCCCCAGAACAAGAUCUCGAGGGGUUACGUAUACAUCAUCAACCUCAAGUCCGGGCUUCCACCACGAUCCUUUUCAACAAGACUCCGCGCACGUUUCAACUGGAGGGCCUCAGGACCAAGAUUCUUCAGAUGACGAUUCUGACACCAGAGAGCAGCAACUAAGAGCAAGGGAGCGAGUUGUGAUACUUCGUCGCAGAGUCCUGAAGACACGUCAAAUCAGGCGAAAAAGUCGAGACAGCCUUGGUCAACUCAGAGAAAGAACACGGUCCGCCCUUGACAAGUUAACUCAGAAAAUCAAUGAAUUGGCUGCGCUCAACAGGCUCCAAGAAGGAAUUGGACUGUACUAUGAGGAGUUUUGUGCUGCUCAAGACGAGUUGGGACCUGCUGAGCACGAAUAUGAGAGCCUCGAAAACAGGCUGGAAAACGAGGAGCAAGAUCUCGAGGAGGAGGAAGAGCAAUACUAUGAGCUUUACCGGUACAAGAAAUACUUUGAAGCUUCUCAUCAAGGUUCGAGAGUAGAGCGAGCAGUUUCCUCUUCCACAAAGCUAGAUGACAAACCCAACAAUACAAACCAAAUCCUCAUCAUCAACAGCAACCUACUGCAGGAGUACUUUUCAAAAAUCGAUGAGGCGCUGGCCUUGAGGAGAGAACUCCAGAAUCUUGAAGAUGACUAUUAUCGAGUGUCGGAAGAUGCGAAUUUGCGCAGACGCAAUGGAUUCCCCCUCUUCGCAACUAUGUCGAGCUUCCUCGCCGAUUACCCAACUUCGCGUGCUGAAAUCCUCGACAGCCUCUAUCAAGCGGAAGAAAACAUCUUCGACCUCCGAGAUGAAUGUAUCAAGCAAGGCGUGUUCUCCAGAGACGAACAUCGGUACGAACCUCGCGACGCGUUGCGGGACGAGCUCCUAGACGCGGUGGAUGAAGCGCUAGAGCGAUCUCCUCUUCGCGUGGCCGCACAGCAUGUCAAACACCCGGAAGAAAUAAAGCAAGAAAUUUCAAACAAAAGGGACUAUGUGAACAAGUGGCUGUUGGAAUGGGUCCAAGAAUCAACUGUUGACAUGAUGAUGUUGCGAACUUUCAUUUACAUCAAAUGUCCCGGCAUAUCAGAAACACCACAUAAGACAUUGGUAGAAAUGGGCGAUGAUAAGUGGACAGAAUACUCUCUGAAGAAUUGGUAUACAGAUGAAGCUGGAAAUCUUGCAGAUCACUUCUACAACGCUAGCAGGUUCGAUGCCAUCGCUGGAGAUACAAACGUGCUCAACAUUGGCAGCACCCGCUGGUCACAAUCCAGCGACAGCCUGCGCAGCAGCCUGCAUGUAGCUCCUAACUAUGAUCCCUCUAUCGAUCUUGACUUCAUGGAAAGCGAUCCAGCCUCCGUUGCUACGCAAAGCGGCGGGUUUGAUACGACACCAACGAAACCCAAAUAUGGCGAUGGAGCUAACACACCCACGACGCUCGACAUCAACGAAACUUCACCGGAGAUAGGAGAGAACUCAGACGACUCCCCAAUAUCGCCAACUACUGUGCCUGAACUAACAAAUACAACCGCCCAAAGUCCGUCGGUGUCCCGCUUACCUCCCAUGAUUUCUUAUGGAUCAAACCCUCCACCACCACGCAUCGAUGAACCAGAACAUACCCUCAGCCCCAAUACAUCGAUCACGACCUCCAGAGCUCCUUCUCUAACAAGCAACACGAAUUCAUUCACAUCACUGGCGCCAUCGGAGCGCAGUGCCCGGACGUCCUUCGACGCUACGGAAUCACCGGCAUCGAAACCACUUCUAUCACCCCAAACCUAUCAUACACAACCAUCUAAACCCGAAACUUCAGAAACACCUCCAUCGAAGUCACGAUUUCUCGAAGCUCCAAAAAACACAUUAUCGAGAUCAUCCAGUCUUAAAGCCCCCAAAAGACCAACUCACCAUCUCUCCAGGCGUAGUCUUGACUACCUGACGACGCAAUUGACUCUCCACCCCGCUUUGCGGAAGAGUGCAAGCUUUACUCGCGAAUAGCUUCACAAUUCCUUUUUGAUAUCACUCGUUGAUGGCUCAAAGUUCUCCUCGUUAGAAUGUACGAGCGGUGUCUCCCCAGUUCUCAUUUCCCUUCUUUACAGCAAUAGUUUUACAGCGCAGGCGUUAAGUGAGGUACAGGAAUUUGGACAUGGCUUUUGCUUCUUUCCGUCAACUAUUUUUCCUUCUCCACUUACGCACUAUCUGCUCAUUCUACUUAUGAUUCACGAUUCUCUUCUCAAUCUUCUCUCGGCGGGUCCGUGUUCGACCAUACAUCAUUAUCUAGUUUUAUAGUCCGUUUGUUCACCAGGCGUUUAUAUAGUAUAUCUUGGCUUUUAUUACAGCGAUUAGCUUUACUUGUUUUGUUUUUCAGAAUGUACAAGUCUAUAAGCGAGGGGGAUAAUCGGAGUGUAUUUAGGAGACUCAGAUACCCCUUAUAUUGCAAAUGCCAUUCAUAUUUACCACUCGCACCUCAUAAAUGAACAUCUCACUCUUACCAAUUUCACCCUCUUAAGUGCAGCCCCCUCAAAGUGCAAACCAGCCAGAAAAAAGCACCUACUCACUCUACCGUCAACUUCGUACCUCCAAGCUAUCUUUCAUCUAGUCUCAUCUCAUCUCAUCCCGUGCCACAACUGUAACACCUUCCCAAUCCUCUGCCCUUCUAAUUUCCACCCCACUCAGCUCGCUCUCGCAAACAAACCCAAUAGUGGCCGCAGUAAACUACCUAGUCAGCCGCCACCACGCCCGACUCAAUUAGCAGCCUCAUCUCGCCUCGCCACAAUCCGCGUCUGUGCCUUCGUAACGUCUUAAUUUCACAUGCACUUAUGACACCUUUCUAUUUCCGGGUUUGGUUCGAAGCUCUCAAUUUCGGACAAGGGUUAGGGUUAGGGUUAGGAAAAGUCACCGAACCAUCAUCCUCGUCAGCCUCGUCUUCUUAAUCAACUGCCCGAAACGGGCAGCAGUUACUGACAGUCACGCUCGGCGCUCAUGUCAAGGCAAAUCUCAAGUCAGCUCAAAGGAUCCGGUCUAUCUAGUGCAUCUGAUCACAGGCACAUGUCACUUCCCGUCCAUGAGGUUGACUCACACGGACGGGCAGUUGCGUCGACCAUGCCCACCGCCCUGUUUGUUUGAGCUUAUCUUCACUAACCAGGUAACGGGAAGUCAGGUAGUGGGGGCUGGAUUUACGCGAAUCCGACAGUUAUUGAGCUCGUUUAUUAUGGAUUCGGUAUUUUGGAUUUUAGGGUUUGGAUGGUGGUGUUGAAGCAGCGGUGUGGAAGUGGGUCGGAUCCGGGCAGCUGGGUCAGGGGCGGGAUCGGUGUAGCUUGUGGGUGCUGUAUGCAAGGGGCGGUGUGGUAGCGACGACAUGUUUACUCAAAUCAGACUGCUCUUGCUUGAGUAGCUAGGGUGAUGUGAGAAUGGAG